CUCAGGACCUGCCACGCUCACCGACUCGCGGAACCCGCCGUCGGCAACGCUGCAUCGCGACUGCCUCCUCUGCGCACCGUCUGCACCGCGCCCGCCCUCGAUCCAGCCGACAUCGUCACGCCGCGCAUCCCUGCCGCCCGCGCAUCGGCCGCCCAAUCCUCGGUCUCGUGGCCUGCCGCCGAUUAUCACGGUGACGCACCCGGACGCACCGCUGCGCUGGACGCAUACCGAGCACCCACGAACCCGUCUACGCCUCCACGCACAGCAUGUCUCUACGCUCGAGGUAGCAGCCACGCAGCGCCUUCCCAGCCCCCGCGAACGACAUGGUGGAGCUCUCCGCGGGCGCCAGCAUUGCUGUCGGAGUAAUCGUUGGCCUCGCAUCCACCUGCAUUCAGAGCAUCGGCCUGACCCUGCAGCGCAAGUCGCAUCUGCUCGAGGAAGAGAAGGACGACGACUAUGAGCGGCGACCGCCUUACCGGCGUCGGAGGUGGCAGCUGGGAAUGCUGAUGUUCGUAGUGGCCAACAUCGUGGGCAGCACCAUCCAGAUUACCACUCUACCACUGCCCGUACUAUCCACAUUGCAAGCCUCCGGCCUCGUCUUCAACUCGAUAUGCGCGUCGGUCGUCUUGAGCGAGCCCUUCACACAGCACUCUCUGGCCGGGACCCUACUCGUAGCAGGAGGAGCCCUCCUCAUCGGUAUAUUCGGAGCCAUAAGCGAACCUUCCCAUAAUCUCGACCAGCUGCUACAGCUGCUAGGACGCACGCAGUUCCUACUGUGGAUGGUUGUCACCCUGGUCAUUGUGCUGGCCUUGAUCAUCGCGAACUGGCUCUUGAAGCGCCUCUACCCCCGACCAACACCGCGCGUCAAGCUAGUCCGUGGCAUAUUCUUCGGCUGUGUCAGUGGCAUACUUUCUGCCCACUCCCUCUUGAUCGCCAAGAGCGCGGUCGAGCUCCUGGUCCGCACCAUCGUCGACCGCCACAACCAGUUCAAUCGAUGGGAAUCCUGGAUGAUCCUCAUUGGCCUCGUCGCUUUUGCCUUAACCCAGCUAUACUACAUGCACCGCGGACUGAAGCUUUGCAGCACAAGCGUUUUAUAUCCCCUCAUCUUCUGCGUCUACAACGUCAUCGCCAUUAUAGACGGUUUGAUCUACUUCCACCAAUCCGCCAGAUUGACCAGCCUACACGCCGGCCUACUGGCCCUUGGAACAGCCAUCCUCCUAGCCGGAGUAGUCUGUUUGAGUUGGCGUCUGGAAGAGAGCGACGAGGAGCCUUCUUCCCCAGUCGUAGGACGCCACAAAGGCCAUGUACCCAUGCCCCAAACCGCUCUUACACCCGGCAUCGGUCUUGUUCACGGCAUCCUCGAAGACGAGCCCGCGUCCCCAGACCUAGAAGAGCAGCAACCCGGCCUCCACGGCGCCAUCGUCGACCAGCGCAAGCGCCAAAGCAUCGACGAGCGCACACCUCUCCUCGCCCGCGCACCCACCGGCCCCGCAGUCACAGUCACCCAUCGCCCAGACAAGCGGCCAUCCAUACACUCAAAGCAAUCACACAGCCCUAGCGCAAGCCCAUCCUCCCGCAGACCUCCGCGCAGACGGAGAAUGACCAUCUCAGAAGAGACGAAUGAGAUCUGGAACGAGCUCAACGACAGAGACACGCUGCCCUCCCCCCUCAGGCGCUCGGCAGAUCUGGGGCGCAGACCGCGCUCAGGCACGCUCCCUGCGCGCCGCAAAAACAACCCAGCGACCUGGCUGAACCAGAUGCGACGGCGCUCGUGGUUCGACGGCGCGGGGCUGGGUAUGUCCCGAGAUCGCAGCGUCUCGCGGGGGAAGAGACCUGCGCAUAGCGAGGCGGCGCUGCUGGACUAUCCGGACCUGGAGGACGAAACCUAUUCUGAUACCGACGCGCCGCCGAGUCCUGAUGUGAGGAGGCGCGGGACGUGGGGGUUCGGGGAGAGAAGGGAUCAGGAGGGGCUGGGGGAUUGGCUUAAGCUGAAGUGGUGGCGGAAGAAGUGGAGGGAUGGGGAGGAGGAGGCGGGGGCGGGGGCGGGGCAAGGGGGAGUAUAA